AUGGUUACCGAGCUUCCAUACGCUCUUGAUGCGGAAACGCCGCUCAACGCCGCAGAGCUCAAGGUUCUUCGCGCACAGUACGAAAAGGAGGGUGAAAUGGUAGGCGUACAAACAAAGUUCAACUACGCCUGGGGCCUCGUCAAGUCCACCAACCGCGGCGACCAGCAGCUCGGCGUCCGCCUCCUGUCCGAAAUCUUCCGCGUCGCCCCCGAGCGCCGCCGCGAGUGCCUCUACUACCUCGCCCUCGGCAACUACAAGCUAGGCAACUACGGCGAGGCCCGCCGCUACAACGACCUGCUCCUCGACAAGGAGCCCGCCAACCUCCAGGCCUCCAACCUGCGCCAGCUCAUCGACGACAAGGUUGCUAAGGAGGGGCUCCUCGGCGUCGCCAUCCUCAGCGGCGUCGGCCUCGCCGCCGGCGUCGUAGGCGCCUUCAUUAUGAAGAAUGCCCGCAAGAGGUAA